ACAGGCGCAUUCUCGGACAUCUAAGCGGAAGUAAACAGCUGUAGCUUCACAUAUAAUAUGCUCUUCUAGUUCUGUUAUUCACUUUUGUUUUAUUGUUUUGGUAAAAUGGACAGAUUUAUUUGGACAAAUGGGCUCCUUGAGAUGAACGAAACGUUAGUAAUCCAACAAAGAGGAGUGAGACUUUACGAUGGGGAAGACAAGGCUAAGCUUGAUGUGGGAGUCGUUCUUCUCAGUACCCAUCGUCUAGUCUGGAGAGACCAGAAGAAUCAUGAAUGCUGUAUAUGCAUACCCUUGUCACAGGUCAUAUUCUUUGAGGAGCAAGCAGCAGGCAUCGGAAAGAGUGCCAAAAUUGUCAUUCACCUGCAUCCAUGCCCUGAAAAUAAGGAGCCUGGCCCCUACCAGAAGAGCAAGUACUCUUAUAUAAAGCUGUCCUUCAAGGAACAUGGGCAGAUUGAGUUUUACAGACGUCUAACAGAAGAGAUGACUCAGAAGCGAUGGGAGAAUACCCCUGUCUCACAGCCGAUCCCCACAGGAACAGGACCCAAGGCAGGAAGGACACGCGCAGUGGGCAUUGUGGGUAUUGAACGGAAGUUGGAGGAGAAAAGAAAAGAGACAGAUAAAAACAUUUCUGAGGCCUUUGAAGAUCUCAGUAAACUAAUGGAAAAGGCCAAAGAGAUGGUGGAGCUGUCCAGAUCCAUUGCUAACAAAAUCAAAGACAAACAGGGUGACAUCACAGAAGAUGAGACCAUCCGUUUCAAGUCUUAUUUGCUGAGUAUGGGUAUAGCCAACCCAGUUACCAGAGAGACACACGGCUCAGGCACACAGUACCACAUCCAACUCGCCAAACAGCUGGGAGACAUGCUGCAAGCACCACUGGAGGAGCGUGGAGGAAUGAUGGCCCUCACUGAAGUGUACUGUCUGGUGAACAGAGCCCGUGGGAUGGAGCUUCUCUCUCCGGAGGACUUGGUCAAUGCCUGCAAGAUGUUUGAGUCACUUAAGCUUCCUCUACGGUUGCGAGUAUUUGACAGCGGGGUGAUGGUGGUUCAACUCCAGUCCCACAGUGAAGAGGAAAUGAUUGCUUCAGCUCUAGAUAACGUGUCUGAUAAAGGCUCCCUCACAGCUGAAGAGUUUGCCAAGCUGUUGGGACUGACAGUUCUCCUUGCUAAAGAAAGGUUGUUAUUAGCUGAAAAAAUGGGUCACUUAUGCCGAGACGAUUCAGUAGAAGGUCUGCGAUUUUAUCCCAACCUGUUCUGACGCAUGAGGCCGAUAUGUUAUCGAACCUGGCUGGCUCUCAGGUCCUGCUGGCCCCAGAUCCCUCUCAGAACUGAUAACUGAUUAGAGUGGGGGCCUACUUUCCACUGUGUUUGUCAAUAGGGUCUUUCAUGAAUGUUGAUUAAGGUACCCGGGACGUUACUGCAACUUUCUUCUGUUUAGUGAUUUCCACAGCCUUUAACUGAAAGGGGAUUACAGAAAUGAUCAUGCAGAGGAUGCAGUUUCUUGUUGGAAUCAGUUAUAUUUGAUUUCACAGACAGUUGAUAUUGUCUGUGAUUCCAGCAUGUUCAAUGCGGUUAGAUUGUCCAUAAAAAUAUGUAGGUAAUUGUGCAUUACAUAUACAUCAAGAAGUUGAAAAGAAAAAGGAAACCUUUUAAUUAUAACUCAGAAAAAAACUUUUAAUGCCAAAAUAACUUGAAAAUUUAAAACAUCAGAAAAUUCACUGACACUCUCUUGAGAGAAAUCUGCUUUUCCCCUUAUGGAAAAAUAAAGUCUUUCACACUUAUUUUGGAUCGUUGUGUAAAAAUAAUAUUUCUUUUUAAAAACA